CAAAUUACCUUGAAAAAUAUUUCGGUUGCCACCAGAACAAUUCUGCUUAACCAAGGUAAGCACGGCUUCGACAUUAAGUAAGAAAAAUCUUUAACGCACUUGAUAUUGCUCGACAGGAGCCUAAAUAGUAACAGUUUCUGUUGUGUUUAUUGAAAGUAUUUAACAAGAAAAGCGAAAUGAUAAAACAAUUUUUGAACAAAUAUAAAAUGUAUACUCAGAUAAGAUAAUCGACGAAUCACUACUUUAAUCUGAUGACAAUUUACAACAAAAAUAACGUUAUUUCUAAGGUAGCUACGCCUUUGUUCUUUGAGCUGAACCAAAACACACUAUAGAGAUUACGAAAAAAAACAUUAACGGUAUCUCUCAAUGCUUCCUAUAGCAGCCAAAGUUAAUUGUAUGCAUGCUCAUCAAUCAUGCCAUCCUCAAACAGGGAUAAGGCCAAAGACUGGCAGCUGGAGAUUAUUAUGGAGAAGCUAAGAUCUAAAGCAUCGCAAUUGAAAUCCCUUCCGGAAAUAGCUAAAAACGUGCGAAUGACCCUGUUGGAAAAAAGAUAUGCACUUGACAGUGUGGAAAAGACCCAACAUCAAAAAUGUUUAGACACUUUGCAACAUGUAAUCAAAGUUACAGGUCUGCAAAGCAUGAUUGAAAGAUUGGAAAGCCUUACCAGGCAACUUGGAUUAAGAUUUGAGAUCGAAAAAACUGGCGUAUUUAUUUUCUCUGACAUGUUUUACCUAGAAAUUAUUUUGGAAGCAACAGGCGUGGUUAAAGAUGUUAAAAUUCAUCAUGAAGGGAAAGUUGAGCAGCAGAGCUGCAUCGAGCUGGUGAAUUGCCUUUCAAGAGGGGAUUUUACAGAUUUUACAACGCAAUUGGAAGGCUUCGUAUCAAUCUAUCAACUAAACGCAGAGAAAAAAGUGAAAGGCAAAGCUUUCACCGCCUUGGAGUCGCUGGAAAUCGAUUUAUGCACUUUGGCUCAAUUGCAGACUUUUAUGAAGGAGCCGUUUAAUAUUUUGCACAAGUCGCCAGUGGGUGUUUUAGAGAAGCGUCGCGGUGGCCACUCAAUGAAAUUGACUUAUUUCAUUUCACCCUAUGACUUGCUUAAUGUGGAUAAGCAUGAAAUUGAUGCCAUCAGCAUCGAUAGCAUUAUUUCCAAAGGCUUGGGCUAUUGGGUAACUGUGUCUAUUGAAGGAUCUGUUGCUCACAAGCUACAAACUACCCCCUUGAUCACUAUUAAUCGAAGUAUGAAUGGCAAAAGUACUCCGUCGUAUACACCAUUAACUAUUCAAAAUAGUGCAGUAGUGCCUGCUUGCUUUAGCCUGAAACUGAAUAAGCCCAUGCCUGUGUGUGUUUCGUUAGUCAGGAAAAUGCAGCAAAUCCAGCAGUGGGUUGAGGUGGAGACUAGGGCACCGCAACCGUUGUUGAAUAUGAUUGUAAAUCAAUGCAGCGGGGGAAAAAUGAGCUGCAAUAACAACAAAGGCCUAUUUGUAUCAUUGCCUGACCAGACGCACUGCUAUUGUAUGACUGAAAAUCGAAAUAUGAACGGCAUAUUUGUGUCGAGCAUACCAUUCAGUCACCCGGCGCAUGUUUCGAAGAUUUUAAUGAUUCUUCGAGAGCAAGCACUUUUUAAUAAUAUUAUUGAGAGCUGCGUGAGGCCAAACAGUAGACAAAAUUUCGACAAUAUGACUAUGUUUGAGGUGAGCGCUCUUUCAUCCACAAAAAUUUCCAUAUCGCUGGAGCAUCCUUUGCAAGAAUGCAUGGCCACGGCUGACAUUGAUUUAUCCGAUAUUUCCAAUCUGAUAUGUAAAGUGCAAAAUCCGGGCACGCCGCCUCCUCCCAACGUUCCCGAUCUUGUCUCUGAACUAGCCACGAAAGUGCUGAACAAGAGCUUUUCAAUACCGGUUACACUUCGCGCGGUUAUCCAGAUGUGGGAACGACAGCCCGCUGAGCACAAGUUUUAUCCUGGCCAGGAAAAUUUUAGUUUGCCCCUCGGUUCCGUCGAUCCCGGCGGCCAUUUGGGACCCGGAGCAGGUCCGGGUCUUUCGGAAUUCGGGGGGCUGCAGGAUCAGAUCAAGCAAGAGCCGGGCGUCAAUGGGUCGCAAGGCCAUAAUCAUCAUCGAAUUCACCUACAGGAGCAGCAAGGUGUGUGGAAUGAAUCCUUGAUGGCUUCGAAUUUUCAAAGUAUCCCACCUUCCGUUAGGGUGCUCAGCACUAUUGAAAUAACAAACAUUUUGUCAGAUUCUACAGACAAAUCGAUUUCUGGAAGAAAGCACAAGCGGAAGGCCACUGAUGACCUAUGGAACAGUGGCAAGCGGAAGGUGGGAUUAGAGGAUCUGGAAUUUGUGGAAACUUCUAGUUGUGACUCAACAUCGCAAAGCACUCCUAUUUCGCAGGAAACCGAAGUGGCAACUCCAAUUUCAGGCUCCCAAUCAGAUUUGGAAUUUUCAAACAUCGAUUCGUCAGAUUUUUUAGUGAAUAUUGAUAAAGUGCCCGGUGAAUUUCCGUCAAAUCCGCCUGAAACUGUGGACAUGGAGGAAAUCUUGUCCACAUUGCACAGAGACCCAAUUAGGAAAACGGCUCCCGAGCCAUCUUCCGGCAGCAGUUGCAGUGUCGUGUCGGAUCUCAGCGAUAAAAUGCCCCCCAAUGUGAGUAUUACGCCGAUUACCACACUGCCAUCACCCACCUGCGCUGCUGGAGGUCUAGAGAAGCGAACGGGUAUUGAAAUAAUCCCCAUAACGCAGGCCACAUCCAAUUUGAUGCCCACUUCUAUAACAAUUACGCCAAUCACUUCGAGUUCGAAGCAGUAUGACGAUAAAAAGGAGAGAAAAAGCAGCCGAGGCAGUCGCGAAGAGAAAGAGAAGAAGCGGAAAAAGAAACGCGAUGAAAGCCCAAUGGGGCCUCCAGAGAAAGUCCCUCUGAAGCAAGAUUCUCUACUAAAACCGGUUUCCAUCAAUAUGAAGCUAUCGGAAAGUCCACCUUUGUGCGCCACGUCUACGCCAACAUCGCCGAGUUUGAUGCGAAAAUUCAGUCCAUCGCCCACAUCUAACAGACCGAUGACAAUGUCAGGAAAGCUGAGCCCCAAUCUAAUGAAACCCAAGUCCUCCAGUUCUUGUGGCACUUCACAUCACAAUUCUAGUCCAAAAAACUCGCCCGCCCAUGUUCCUUCAAGCCCUAAGCAUGGGUUUCAAGGGUUGCCCAGUCCGAAGCAUCAUGGAACUAGUCCGAAACAUCUCUCGGCAAGUGGUAGUGGAAAGCCAAGCAUGUCCACUUUGAAAAAUGUGGCCAAUUCGCCUUCAAGUAAAGGUAUGGGGGAAAAGAGCAAAAGCAAGGAAAGAGAUAAGGAGAGAAAUCGUGGCCUUUUUCCAAGUGGGGCUUUGAAGUCCAAAUCUAGUUCAUCCAUUAAAGUUAAGCCCCUGGACUUGAACAUAAGCAGCUUGGAUGGCGGGUCUCAAGAGUCCCUGCCCUCGCCCAGUGCGGACUCAAAAGGCAACCCCAACACUUUGAGGAACCGUAAAGGAUCUCUGUCUGCUAUAGUGGAUAAAUUAAAUAUUAAAGUGAAUGCCCAACAUAGUGACGUGCCCACUGAUUUAAGUUCGAAGUCGAGCAGUAAACCUGUAAGUAAGGAUGGAAAAGGCGGGGCCAAAAUGAUUGGUGAUACAAAAAACUCCGAGUACAUGGUUAAAACUAGUUCAGAUGGGAUGAAACUAACAAUAAACAAACCUAGGACUAAAGAAAACAAAUCAAGCAGUGUUAGUGUGAGUGGGAGUAAUACAAGUUCGAGCGCCCAAAGCAACUUUUCUAAAUCGUCGCAAAUUGCCACUACUGGCUCUCCGAAAGUCCACACUGGAUUAAAACCUGGAGUGAAUAGCGGCCCUGCUUCUAAAAAACCGCAGCAGAUACAGAAGAGCAGCAGUUCUUCAAGCAUACCAAACUCCACUACUUAUAUCCCCAACAUGAAAACCUCCAGCACUUCAGGUGGUUCCAGUAAGCAACCUGGGGGCAGCAGUUCGAAAGUAAGUAGUGGAGUUUUAAAGUCGGCAUCCAAACCCACAACGCCGAAGCUGAGUUUCAGCAAUGCCACCGAUUUAAGUAGGAGCAAGGACCGGUUGAAACCGAGUAAAAGUUCCUCGGAAAAAUCGGUUUUUGCUUCUCUAAAAGAGCGCACGAAAGGCAGCCCGACACCGAACGACUCGGAAAGUAUUUACAAAAUGCAACCGUAUACAUCGGCUUUGAUGAUGGAGGGCAUGAUGAAGACACUGGACAAAAAUUUCCAAAUACCCAAACUUUCGGACAAGAAGAAGAACGAAGUAAACAAUGUGAAUCGUAGCACCGUCGAUACGAAAAUUUUUGAUAUGAUGGUGAAAAACGAUAGUAAAUAUCCCCUAAACAUACCGGCCAUGAAUUCGUUGGAACAAAAGAUCCGAAACAAUAUGAGUAUACUAAGCGCGAGUAAAGCAGACGAGUUGGACGAUAAGAGAAAGGAUGGCCCCCACAACUUAUCAGGUACCGAUGAUCUGUUCCUCACUACGGAUCCGCUCAAUCCGUAUCCAUCGGCCAGUGAAGCCCUACAUAGUCUAACGUUGGCCUCAAAGUACGCGCCUACGACCACUAUCGAUACAGAGGCCUUAGAUUUCAGCAAAACGCCCACUUUUCCGCACUCACCGUCCGUUAGUGUCCACAUAGUCAAUUCUAGGGCGUCAAGCCGCAGUUCCAGUUGUCUGGGCGAUGACGAUCUUCUGGAUGAGGGUAUUGUAACAUUAGGAAAGUAAUAACUAAAUGAGAAGUCAACGAGCAAAUUGUUUGUUGCGUAUUUAAUAACAGUUAGGGUAAUUUCGCGUAGCUAUCGUUGUAUUGGGAAACAAAUCCCAUCUUGCCGUUAUAAGUUAUAACCAGAUGAACGUUUACUAAACUAGGGAAUUUACACGAACAACUGCCAUUUGUUUAUUGUAAGUAUUAGAAUGUGUAUAUUUCAGCAUGUUUAUGCAAGUUUUAUACAACGUUUCAAAAUCCACCAUUUUUGAGGAGUUAUGAAAACUUACUGAUCAUUGUUUGCCCUAAAUAGUUUCGGAACAACUCAGAAAUAGAGAUUAUUAUUUGUUCUUAUUUUAGUCUAGUUUAAAUGUUUUGAUCUUUUUGCUACGCUGUUCUUUGAAGACACUUUUAUUCCAUGCUCAAGUUUUUUUCCUACUUUACUUGCCCGAAAAGCCAGACAAAUGAAAACUUUGUUGCAAAAGUCCGGCAUGCAUGUUUCAGAGAGUUAUUUUUUACAUUUUUUUUGUCUGCACAUGCGGCUUAUUUCCAGCUUCCUUCUCUUGGUUGUCAAUUUUAUGUGUUAUCGUGUCUUCAGUCAGGGUCCUUCGUUAAAGCUUUCACUUGGUUUUCUUUAAUUUUAUUAACUCAUUUCUUAAUUUUAUCAAAUCAUCGACUGACUCACUCAGCUUGGAACAGAAUUAAUUCGUUAUCAAUCUUCAAGUAUUUUUGUUGUUUGAUUUCUGCUUUCAAGAAUGUUUGGCUGCUAUUGAAAACUUUUUGAAAAUCAGUUAGAUCCUUCUCUACAAAUUGACAUUAGAUCGAUAAGUCUAUUCAAAUUAAAAAUCCCCUAAAAGCGAAAAGUGGUGAUGUAGUUCAUGCCGAUUUAAGUACUUAAAUAAAAAUGCAGGAAUUUCAUCAAUUACUGAAUUAACAAACACAAAUUAGUUUUUACUAAUUAUUUUCCGUCGUAAUUUUUUUCAGUGAAAACUACUUUUAAAGCGUGUUCAUGAGAAUCGUUUCAACAUUUAUAAUUUAUGAAACAUAUAUUAUUAAAUUGUGUUUACACACACAUAGUAUAGUAAAAAUGUGGCACUUUGCCCUGAGACCUCGUCCUCAGUAUAGUUAACACUUCUCUCGAUUAGUUUUAUUAUACAGUUUAUAAAAUAUUUCCAUCGUGCUAUAUUGAUUGGGUGUAGGGAAAAUAUUGUAUUUAAUAAAGCAUAUUUAAUUUACAGGAAGUUAAAAUUGAUACCCAAAAUAUGAUUGAUUGAAAUUGUGUUUUAGGUAUCUAGUCAGUAACUUAAUUAUUUAUUGAUGUUAUUAAAUUGGAGAAUAGACUGUAAAUCAUUGUACUUUAUUAGUGCCAGAAUAGUUGUUGUCUUUCCGAAAGGUGUGCAGGAUAAUCAAUUCUAAAUACCCGCGCUUUAUGGGCAAUGUAUUUAUUGUUUAUAUGAGAGUCGUCAAGAUUGAAAGAUAAAUGUUACGCAUAUCAUAGUACAAAACACCAAGCGGGCAAUUGAUUGAAUGACUUAUUUUUUGUAAUUUAUAGUUAUUAUAUACAGUUUUGUACAUAUUAAUGUAAACAUGUAAUAAUAUAUUAUGUCAUAUAUUAUAACAUUUUUUUAA